GUUAAUGAAGAGCGUAUUUGUAAGGUGGGUGAACUAGAGUGCCACAUUAUUUUCUGUUGAAUUACAACACGAACUGGUUAAAUCAAUUUCGUAUAUUAAGGCAUAUGAUAUUAAUAGAAUGGCAACAAACUUGCCUGAGCCAUCAUCAACAUGUAGUCCACCUCCACAUUCAGCAGCUUCUGUGGUUUGGCCACCUCAUACUCAGACUGAUGGUGAUGUUGAUUAUGAGAGCGAAGGUGAUGUGGUUGAAAAAUAUCAUGAAGAACAGAAACAUUAUGUUGAUGGUGGUUCUUCCUCCAAAAAUAUUAUUCAUUUUGAACAACAAAAUAAUGUUGAUUCAGAUGAACAUUAUUCAUCAGUUCAGAUAUCAACACCACCGACUUAUACGGAUGUAAAUAAAGGAGCAAGUCCAAGCUCCACAAGAAUUUCUGUUACCAAUGAGCAAAAACAUUUUACAAGUCAAAACCACAUGAUCCAGGAUGCUGUGAUGAUUCCUCAGAUACAACCUUUCAGUUCCCAUAGUCACUCUCCCAUUAUUAGUCAAGCAUCAACAUCAACUUUAUCUGCUGCUUGUGAAGUUGAUGACCUCAUGACUUUUCAGAAUGGCAUGCCACAACAUCAUUCAUCAUCAGAAACUUCAAUUGAUCGGGUACCUAUCACAGUUGAACAGUUGGUGCUGCAGCAUGGGAAUUCAGAUGGCCAUUCAGCAGCAAGCUUAAGCUUGCCGUUGGUUAUAGAUCGCACAAACCUAGCUGCAAUUAUGGCCACACCACAACCAGAUGGUUCAAUUCCUCUGGAAGUGUCAAACUUUCAACGACUGAGUUUUUCAACUAAUCAUCUGAUUCAACAGAGUACUUUGUUAAAUAAUACUCAACAGCAACUUGCUAUAUCUGAGGGAGCCAACAGUCUUUCACCAAAUCUUAUGUCACCAGUACUUUGUCAGAGGGAUGUGUUGGUAAGCAUGAUUCCAUUGGCCACCACAUUACCAUCAACCAGUCAUAGUAUGGUGUCAGCUUUUCCAGUCGGUCAUAAACAUGUGCUUGCUCAUAAGUAUGCCGCAAAACUUGAAAAAUCAGCAUCAUCAUCUUCAUCUUUUUCUUCAGAGUUACCAGAACAUAAUCAGUAUAUUGUUGAAAACUUAGAUAACAGAGCCUCCUCUCAUUAUGCAGUGACCUCUGGCAUUAAUGUUCUGAUCGACUCCCAGGCAGUUACUAAGUAUCCCACACAUCAGUCUGUUUCAACAUCCAGCUCCCAGAACUUUACAGUUGAAGGCUACACUAUGGAAAGAGGUUUAGCCUUAGUAAGCAGUUCCCAGGAAAGUCAUGAGGAACUAAUGGAGAAUGUUCAGCAUUAUGCAACUACAUUUAAUUCAGAGCCAGAUGGUAACACACCAGUUCAUAGUUUUGUUUCUUCUACAGUGGAUCUUGUUUCAACAGAAAAUCUCAAUAGUAUACCUGUGGAUUCCACUGUUGACUCCAAACUUAACUCAUCUGAAGAUCUUAAGAUUUUUGCCACAGUUUCUGAAGGAAGUAGUAAUACAGUAUGCAUUGAAGAAAUUCCAACAAUGAGCAAUGAAAACCAUCCAGAUUCUACCCAUAACUCCAUGGAAAUGACUGUAUCAACUGCCAGUUUAACCAUGCUUUGUGGUCCUUCUACGUCAUCUAAAGCAGACAUGUAUUGUGAUACUGUACGAUCCCGCAGAGAUGUAAAUAGGCCAUCUUACUGGUGUGAAGAGUGUGAUCAGUUCAAAGAGAAAGAAUGUGCACGUCAUGUAGUCCAGUUGAUAGUGGACAAACCUGUCCUGAGCCGUGCAUGGGCAAGUUUGCCAGCAACUUACCUCUACCUGCAUAGAAUAGCUGAUGCCAAUAAUGAGUCAGAAUAUGGCGUUUUUGCUAAGAAGACAAUACCAAAGAGAACACAGUUUGGACCAAUUGAGGGUGUUCUAGUGGAAACAGAAAAAAGACCCAACAAUAGAUUUUUACUCAUUGUUGAACAUGAUGAAGACCACACAGUGUAUCUGGACACCUCUGAAGAAUCACGAAGCAACUGGAUGCGUUUCGUAAGGCCAGCAGAAAGUUACUGGCAACAGAACCUAGUUUUAGUCCAACAAGGUCAGUCCCUUUAUUUCAACACUACUCGAGCCAUAAAUCCUAGAACAGAACUGCGGGUGUGGUACUCAUCAUCAUAUGCAGAGAGUUGGAGUCUUUCCCUGCUAGAAAUGCCAGAAGAAGAGACAAGAGUAGUGGAAGAUGAAGAAAAUGCUUGGCCUUGCUUCGAAUGCAACAAACAAUUUUCAACUUCAUUGGAGUUACAGAAACAUCUUAAUCAACAUGAUGAUGAGGAACCACCCAAGCCAGCUGUAACUCGUGGUCGUGGUAGAGGACGAGGAAGAGGACGCCCUCCAAAAGGAGGGUAUUAUCAUAAUCAGAGGUCUAAAACAGUUUAUGAGACAACAGAUCAAGAAGCAGUUGAAGAGCCAGUUGUUAGAAGAGGUACUAGAGGCAGACCACGAAAGAAGAUGGCAUCAGAAGAACUUAUUACACAAGUCUUGCCCAAAACCCAUAAAAGACCCAGAGGUAGACCGCCAAAAAAUCCUGAGCUUACUGCAAAAAUUGAAGAAUUUGAAUGUGAAAUCUGUCAUAAAGUAUUUCCUAGAAACUACAGCCUACAAAGACAUAUGAUCAUGCAUACAGGUGAAAAGCGCUUCAAGUGUCCAAUUUGUGACAUGAAAUUUAGCCAUGUAUACAAUAGGAACAGGCAUGUCCGGAGACACCGGCAGCGAGGAGAAACAGAAGGUAUUCCUCGUUCACUCAGAACUUUACCAAAAAGAAGGGAGAAUAGAAUGUGGGCCUGUCCUAGUUGUCCUCUAGUUUUUGACAACUCUAAAAUUCUAAACCUCCAUUCUGAGAUUCAUGACUCAACAGAAGCUCAGCAGGAAGAAAAUGAUAGUAAUAAGAUUAACAAUAAAACAACCUCCAGAUCAAAGGAACAUCUACAAGCUGAGAAUGAAAUUAACAACUUAGUAGAAAAUGUUACCAAAUGUCCAAAGUGUAAAAAGCCAUUCACUGACAAGAAAGCUUUAAGUGAACAUGUUGCUAUUCAUGGAAAAACUUACUCCAAAGUUAUAUCAGUGAAAGGCCUUAUCAAUCCUCAAAAGCCCUACAAGUGUAACCUUUGUUACAAGUCUUUUGCAACUGAUGAGAGACUAAUGCGCCACUAUUUGGUUCAUGGAAGUGAUGAAUCAAAACCUCUCCAGUGUGAUGUUUGCUUAAAGAGGUUCUUGAAUAAUUCUGCUUUGGCUUGCCACAUUAAGGUCCAUAAUGAAGACAGAAAAACCUAUGAGUGCCCAAUGUGCAAACAAAACUUUGACCAAAUGAUUGGAUUAAAAGAACAUGUACACAGUCACAGCGAAAAUGGUGUCUUUACCUGUCCUCAUUGUCAAAAGAGAUGUGAAGAAUAUAAUCAGAUCAGAAAGCAUAUUCGAGCUUUUCAUUCAGAUAAACGAUACCCUUGUGAUAAAUGUGAUAAGGUUUUUCCUCGACCUGACAAGUUAAAAUUACAUAUGCUGAGGCACUCAAACCAUCGAGAGUUUCUUUGUGCAGAUUGUGGAAAGCAAUUCAAAAGAAAAGACAAGCUCAAAGAACACAUGAAGAGGAUGCAUGGCCCUGAUAGAGAUGCUCGUGCUAACAAUAGAGCUUUAAAAGAACGAACUACUAAAAAAUUUGUUCCAAAAGUCUCACCCACUGACUAUCAUCGUUUUAUUUAUAAAUGUCACACAUGUUUGUUGGGUUUCAAACGACGAGGAAUGUUGGUAAACCACUUGGCAAGACGACAUCCAGAUAUCAGACCAGAGUCCGUUCCUGAACUAAACCUCCCAAUUCUGAAGACAACUAGAGAUUAUUAUUGUCAAUACUGUGAAAAGAUAUACAAGUCUAGCUCCAAGAGAAAAGCUCACAUUUUGAAAAACCAUCCUGGAGCUGAAUUACCCAUGAGUAAUAGGCAAAAGGGAGGCAUUCCUGAAAUUCCUGGAUUGCCAAACCCUACUUUUUCUCAAACAGUGGGCAGUAUCACCACUCACCCUCAUCAUUGUAAUUGGUGUCAUAAACAGUAUGCCAGCAAAGCUAAGCUCCUACAACAUCAAAGAAAAAAACACCUUGAAAUGUUAGCCCUCUCUUAUGCUACUUCAAAAAACCAACAUAAUGUACCAGCACUAUCACCUGAGAGAGAAUGUCCCCUCACAGGGCAUAUUGUGAUAACACAGAGCAUCCCAAACUCCAUGGCAACUAGUUUGACAGCAGAUGGAGCCAUUAUAAUUGAUGCAACUAAACGCAAACCACAAUUUGGAGAUCGAGAGGGUUCACCGACUGCUGAUACUUUACCUUCUGCGGAUCUGUUGACACAAGCGAUGUCUGAACUCACUCAGUCACUGAAUGAAUACAGGCCUGCAGGAUCAGAAUAUCUCACAGCUCGCAUCUCUCAGUCAAGCCCUACAACCUUGAUCAUCCCCUCCAAUGUUCAGUGUUCACAACCUGCCACACUUAUCAGCUCUACAGCAGUCGUAGCAACACACACAUAUACUGAUACAUCAGUAAUAACACCAAUUACAGCAGAAACUACCUCUUCAGCAGAUGAACCACAAACAAUCACAACAGCAGUGUUAGAUCAUGUCCAGCUGGCACAGCUUCUUGCCCAAUAUCAACAACAACCAUUCAGUAUCCUGGCCACAUUGCUUCGUAAUCCUUCAACUCAGACUGUCACAUCAACAACUGCUGUCACCACGGAUACAGUCACCACCACAACUUGUAAUAUCAACAAUCCUCGCACCUGGCCAGCAACCACAGCAACAUUCACAGAAUAUCCAGCUCGCUGAAAACAAGUUUAAAAAUAAUAGGUUUAUAGAUUAUCGUUUACAUAAUUGAAGCAUUCAGAGACUGCUUCAAUCCCCAGAGUGCUUGUUGAAUAGAUGAGUACAAUUUUGUAUGGACUGUUUUUCUGUAAACAUUGAUCUUAAUACAAAGAAAGAAUAUGUCACUUUCUCAUCAUGAAGUGUCAGAUCUGGUCACAUGGUUUCUCCACUAUUAAAUUUUAUAAGAUAAAAGCUUGUCUUAGCAUAUCUAAAAUGAAACUAAGCUGUUAUAGUACUGGAUUGCAUUUAGAGAGCCAGUCAGAUCUGAUACCUGUGAUACAAGAAAGAAAGCUUUCCAAGAAGGCAUUAUGUAAGAUAUCUUUUUGUUCUUGUCAGAAUAAUUUAAAGGAAAAGUCCCUUUAUUAUAAAAUUGUUUUUGAUCUUGUUCUAUAAGCUGGAACAAUGCAGAUGUUUUUAGUGUUUUAAAUUUUGAAAGUUAUAUAUGUAAUAGUGCAAGAAUCUAAAUUUAGGAUGUUUUCUUCAUUUAAACAAAUAAUUUUUGUCUUGGUUCCUUUUGCCCCAGAAAUUUGGACGUAGGUGAUAUUUUUAAUAUUGCCUGGAAAGGAUGUUGUGCAUUACUGUAAUAUAGUUUGGUAGCUUUUUUGAUUAAAAUAUAUGUAAUUAAAUCUACAGUACUUUAUAAAUUUCAAGACUUAUAUUACAGAAACAGUUCUUUUUGACUGCAUUAACAUUUUAUUGAAGAUGCUUUGUAUUUCAGAUAUUGACCAUUCCAUGCAUUGGCCUAAAAAUUUGUCUUAUAAUAUAUAUAUAUAUUCUAAUGGAACAUUUUGUUGCCAGUUGUGUAGAACAAAAUGUACAUAUGUAUCAUUCCAUUAAUCCUAUUUUGAGUUUUUUUUCUGUAUAUAUGUAACCAGUUUGCAGACCCGUUAAUAUAUCCUCUUAAAUAUUUUUAGAAAGCUUAUUACAGCUAAGGAGGUGUUUGUGUAUAUAUCAGUGAACAUCAAAGAUGUCAUUAUUAAAAGUAAAAGAUAAACAUGGCAGUAAAAGUUGUUCUCCAAACUAGUUUGAAUUUGAAAAUUAAUGUAUCUAUGUGCAAGUAUAGUCCCUAAAUACAUCUUAUCACAAUUUUUUUUCUAACAAUAUAUUUUCCAAGCAGAAAUUGAAUGAGACACAGCAUUGAAAAUAUUUUUAUGUACCAUGUUGUUUCCUAAGUACAUAGACAGUAAGUUGCAUUGGUUACAUGUAUUUAUUACUUGCUAAGCAAGAACUAUAAAAUUUUAUGUAUGUAAACUGUUGGACUGGGACAGGCACCACUGCUUCUGUAGGUUAGUUUUACACUUAUUUUAUUCACAGCAAACACGUAUGUUGAGAACUGAUUAUAACAUGGCUCAUAUUUUGAUGGGUAUACAGGAUAAUGUUUUUAUUUAUAUGCAUACUUAACAAUAAACCAAUAUAGUACAUGUGCAGUAACUCUUGAGGAAUCUGAAAUAUGUGUGAACAAGUUUAAUGAACAUUAUAAUUUACAUGUUGCAAUAAACUGACAAAAAUUUCAUGAUUUAUUAAAUUUAUUGUUCUAAGAUCAAAUUUAUAACUACACAGUACUAAUACUUGGUAAGAAGUAUGAAACACUAUGCAUUACUGAUACAAGUGAGAGGAACCCUCUAAUUAAUUGUUGUUGUUUUUUCACAAGAUUCAAAUACUUCUUAAUAAAAAUAAUAAUGUUAAAAACCUGUGGAUAUAACAGAGAGAGUGAAUGUAUAAUAGACUGCAAAGAAAGCUUACCAAAGUUAAACAAUGAAAACAGUGAGGCUCUCUGUGUGUUGUAAAAGUCUACCACCGCAUAACAAAAAAGAAUUAUU